GCCAUCGCCAACCACAACAACAACUGUGCACCACACAUCGGCGUGUGGUUGACAAGCAGCGAGCCAUGUCCAUCCCCAGUGUGCGCACGAGUGACCGUGCGACAGAGGUCGUACAGGGCAUGUUGGACAGCUUACAAAUGGCGGGACUUCCCACGAGCGACAUUGAUGCCAUCUUUGACCUGGAUGACGCGUUCAGGGACAUCACCACCCAUGCCUCCACUUUCAGAGCAGCUGCCAGCCCCAACCAGCGAUUCUGCGAAGCGUUGAACCAGUUUGGCAGUGCAUCGCUUGCCAACAGCGAAGGCGGUGUCGCCCACAUUCACAAGCGUUUGUACGGCAUGUGUGCGGACCUGGAUCAGACUAGGACAGAGUACAAUCAGUCCGUAUACUCGUUGCUUCAGCACCGCAUGGGCUUGAUAUCUGGCGGAGACGCCCCCAGCUCGCUGCAAGAGAAAUUGCAUGGUGCCAUGCGCCAAUAUGAGAAGGAGCGAUCCAAGAAACGAGGCAGCGCGGACCGCCGCCGUAUGGCUGUGGCCACGCACCACCGCAUCUUGCAGAAGACCGUCUGCGAAUACAUGCAAGGAUUCUGUGACUUGAAAGGGCGCCGCCAACUCGAACUUGUCACGCUUGUUGUGCAGCUCUUCAAGCAGCAGCUGUCCUUCCUCAAGUCCUACGUGCAGGUGCUGGAGUCCUCUCUUCCGGACAUUGCGGAUUUGGAAGCCCUCGUGGCGACUGAGAAGGAGACACAUGCGGGGCAUCGCCGAGUGCUGGAAGAAAUUACGGAGCGCGUCACGCAAGAGGUUUUCUCAUGCGAGCGGCGAGAGCACAGCGCUGCACAGAUCCAGCGCGAGUCGAAGAAACGCCACAAACGCGCAAGCUCGACAGGACACGAGCUCUUGGGUGUGGAUGCGUUGAUUGAGUCGCAUUCAGCGCCGGUCGCUGCAAUGCUGCGCGCCAUCUUUGCAAAUCCGGCAAAUCACACGUGUGCAGACUGCAAACACGCCAUGCCCCGCUUUGCGCUCUGCGAUAUUGGACUGCUGGUGUGCGAGGAAUGUGUCAAGGUGCACUAUCAACUCACCCCUGUCGCUGACACUGAUAAACCAUGGUCUAUAUUGGCUGGCCCAGACCACUCUCGACGGAUUGUGAACCUCAAGGACACAUCCAUGUCUGCUCUCCAUCUCUUCUUAGUUCGGGCGAUUGGAAACGAGCUUGGCAAUGGGGUGCUGGAACCGCGAUGGUCUGGACAGGCCCGCUCCACUACACAGGAGGACCGCGCUGCGUUCAUCCGCAAGAAAUACGGCGCAUUUGCAUUCGCAAACUUGCAGCCAAACAUGCAGCAGACGCCAUUGACACGGUGUCUUCGCGACAACGCGUACGCGGACUGUGGCGUGUGUGUUGUUCUGCUGCACCAGCUCGUAUCUGGUGCGAAUGUCCACGGGCGCGAUGGCCUUGAAGCGCUGCAUCUUCUCAUUGCGGAGGGGAACGCCCUCGCUGUCGCCUUUCUCCUCCUCAACGGCACCAGCGCCAACGGGGUCCUGCAGCACCACACCCCGCUCCACGUCGCCUGCCAGAUGGAUCGCGUCGAGUGUGCAAAGCUGCUGUUACAUUUUGGUGCGGACAUUCACGCGCGCGACCAGAACGGGGACACGCCAGCGAGCAUUGCUCAGGCAUUUUCGAGCAUCGGCUGCUCCUACCUGCUCGCCGCAGUCAGUGAUGGGGACAUGGAGGCUGUCCUCCAGCAGCCAAUCUUCAUUGAGGCGUGGCGACGAGAGGACGCGACAGGGUCAUCCGCACACUCACCAGCGAGUGACAGGCGCUCCACGCCGCUGCUGCUGUCCCCGCCCUCGUCCCGCGAUGUGUCGCCUGCUGUUGAGGCCCGAUCGCACGCGCCCGUGCCUGCAGGCACUUCUCCACCGCCGCCAAGCUCCCUACGCCAUGUGAUGUCGCCGCCACAGCUCCGCGCCACGCGCUCACACAUGGACACAUCCACGCCGGCAAAGCGCUACCAACAACAACAACAGCAGCAGCAGCAGCAGCAGCGACCAGGGACGACGCUAAACAUGACAUACGAAGCACACGGUGCGCACGAAGCAACAACGCACGGCGAGCUCCCAACGCGCAACGCUGGCACUGCCAACAGCAGCCAUUACGGGUUCGAGAGCAAGCAGCACAGCACCGGCAGCACUGGCAACGCUGGCGGUGCAAGCGGUGAUGGCGCUGAUGAUGAGAGUGACGAGGAUGACCCGCUCUACGCAAAGAUUGACGACUUUGAUCUCGGCGGCGAGGAAGAUAUCCACGCGCCGAAGCCCCGCCCCGCCCGCCGUGCACCGCCGCCGCCGCCACAGCACCACGCGCAACAACGCUCAUACCUCCCCCAACACUACCUGCACCAACAACAACAGCAGCGUGUGAGCGAGCGACCGCCACCACUGCCAGCGCGCCCCCCGCCAUCUUCGUCGUCACGACCACUCCCGCCACCAAUCAACAGCCCCAUGCGCUCACGAUCAGCAACAGCUGUUGAGCUGACACGCCCGCACCAGCACCAGCACCAGCGCAACCUCCGCCACACGUCGGUGUCGGCGUCGACUGGCAUGGGGCGCCACGCAUCUGCCACGGCGUUUGUGGCCGAUGCACAUCGUCGCAGAAACAGCACAGCUGCAUCCUCACACAUCAACAUCAGCAGGUACACUGGUGGUGCGGGUAUCGCCAGCGGUGGUGUUAAUGGUGGUGGUGGUGGUGGUGGCGAUCACGUGGGCAUGCCACGGCGUGAAACGACACCACCGCCACUUCCACCGCCGCCAGGUACGCUCCCACCACCACCACCAUCGCUGCCGCCACCGCCACCACCAGCGACAACAGCAGCAGCGAUGCUGUCAGGAGACGGCGACGGCACUGGUGGUGAGGCGCAACUUCGCGCGGCACAAGUCGCCAUGGAGGCAGACGGUGUGAGCCCGUAUGCGGUGGUACCAAUCUCGCUCACACAAGACUUGCGCAGUGACGUCACCGACGGCAACGACAAUGGGCGUGGAGACCAUUAUGACGCACAUGUGGAUCGCGGUGGUGACGAUGACUGCGUUGACUAUGGUGAAGAGUUGGGGGUGCAGCAGGUGACACAGCAGUCGCGAACAGCAGCAAAGGAGAGCGUGUACGGUUUUGUUGGCAUGGGCGCAGCUGAUGUGAUGGGAAAAACGCAAGAUGAUGCUGAUGCUGGUGGUCGGGUGGCGGCCAGUGACGUUGGUGGCGUUGAUGCAGCGAGUGAGCGCGGGGACGUGGAUCAUGGACAGCCACAUGCGAAAGAGCCAUCGCCUGUUCUCCCCAGCACGCCGCCCAUCCCACCUGGUACACCGCCACCGCCGCCGCCGCCUCCGCCUCCACCACCGACACAUGCAACGACAUCAGCAUCGCUUGUGUCAAUGCCAACGCCCGUGCGACUGGACGAGCACUACGAGGCGCCUGUAUCCCAUGGCAGUGAACACGCACAGCAGCAACCACGGCAACCACAACAACCACAACAACCACAACAACAGCAGCAGCCGCAGCAACAGGGGCGUCGUGCCACCAUCAGCAACAUUGGUGUUAGUGUUGGUGUUGGGCGAGGCGGAGGUGACGUGUCGAAGCUUGCGCCGCGGCUGUCGAGCCGGCGUAUGAGCACAUCUCGCGUAUCGGGAAGUCGAACGCGAACGGCUUCGGCGCCGCCCGUGCCACCACGACCAACGAAUCUGAGCAAACUCAAGGAAAGACAGAGGCAACGCCACCACCAGCAGCAACAACAACAACAACAACAACAACAACAACAACAACAACAACAACAACAACAACAACAACAACAACAACAACAACAACAACAGCUGGGGAGCAGCCAGUGAUGUCUCGAAGUAGUUGAUGGGGCGAAUGGGGUGCCGUUGGCUAUGUGGGGGGGGGGGUGAGUAGUGUAUGGUGCGUUGGCGUUGGCAGUUUGUGGUUGGCCAGUGGUUUGUAGCAAGCAUCAGAGGCUAGGAUUGGCCGUGUUUUCGGUGGAUAUGUAUUGUGUGGUACCCAUGUAUGUGUUUGCGCAAGAUCAAUGUUUGCUGUGGGCUGUUUAUUGGUAAUUUCUGGCUUGGUGUUGUUACACAUGAUAUAAUUAACAGUUUCUCUCGCGAAUACACGACGA